GCGAAAGAGGUUCGGACGGACAGCAGAUAAGAGCGACGGCCCCCAGAGAGAGACCACCACAGUUAUCCGCGAUGGAGCCCUUCGUCCACCUGCCACAGCACCGAGUCGUAAUCUGCAAGCGCUGCCGAUUCGCCUGUGUGGCCAACGAGGUACCAGCCCACUUGCGGACACGACACGCCGAUGUGCCCGUCGCCGAGCGACACGCUAUCGCCCGCGCGGUCCAGCAGCUGCCCGACAUCAUCCGGACGCAGGAGGACCUCGCCGGCUUCGAAUUCCCUCCGCCGACGUCCGAGGCGAUCCCAUUCCUCGGCCCUCCGCGGCUGGACGGGCUCAAGUGCCGCGUAUGCCCGUAUAUCGUCUGCCAUCCGAAGAAAAUCCAGGAGCACGCCCGAAAAGUGCAUGGCUGGCAUAACCCGCUGAGAAGCGGCAGGCCGCCGGCCGGUCCCGGUCCGCUGCCGCUGCAAGACGAGGAGCUCCCGUGGAUCGACGGCGUGCUAUGCCAGCGUCUUUUUCCCUCACGGGCUGCUAGCGGCUGGUUCGAGGUCUGCCGGGAGGACCGAACCGUCCGUGGCCUGCUGCGGACUCUGCUGCCGAAACCGGUCGUGCCAACUCGGUUACUACAAGGGAGCACGAAAGCCGCCGGGCCGGGAAACAAGAAGCAACCACUCCUACUACCGGUCAGUCUGGAGACCCAGGCCCCCUCCGACAUGGUCCGAGGCCGCGGGCGGCUGUUACCCGUCAGUCCGGAUGCCCAGAUACACUUGGAUACGAUUUUGGCUUGCGAGAAGAGAUUUGUCGACUCGGGGGACCAGCCGCGUGUAUACGGCCGAGACACGGGAGGUGGCGAUGUGUUCGCUGCGUCAACUCCAUGGAUGGACCGGACGCAGUGGCCGGCGACGUACAAGGGCGUGCGGCGUGACAUCUUGUUCGCACUGGCCGAGCUGCCGGACCGCCGCGACCUCACCUGCGACCGCGCCCUCGGGCAAGGCGCAUACGACGGUGAUCCCGACGUAACCAGCAGCUGCCAGGACGAGCAGAGGAUCUCGUUCUUAAUGGACGCGGUCGACCCAUUCGUGUUCCGGAGCCACCGGCUUGCGGCAGCGCCGCGGCCAGACUACACGGGCGUCACGGACGUGCCGCUACGGGGCGAGGUGCUCCGUCGGGCGGGAGACAUCUGGGAGCAUAGGCUUUGGGACCUUGUCGACGCGUCGUCUGGCCGAUGGUCCAGCAGCACCAUGCAGCACUGUACCAACCAAGACCUUCCUGCUGGCGAUGGUAACGACAACAGCGGAGACGACUCGGGCCUCGAAGACAACUCAGACCUCGAAGACAACUCGGACCUCGAAGACAACUCGGAGUUCGAAGACAACUCGGAGUUCGAAGACAACUCGGAGUUCGAAGACAACUCGGAGUUCGAAGACAACUCGGACCGCACACACGGCUGGGACCUGGAAGAUGACUCUGACCUGAAGGACAGCGCAUAUAGGAGCGGCUCUGAUGACGAAUGCGACAACGCGCCUGCUAGCGACGAGCCGCUGGGGGGUAGACGGCCGGGCGGCAGGGACUUGUCGGUGGAGACCGCGCUCGAGGAGGUGCUGGAGCUGCUGUUCGGGCUGAGCGAGAGGCUGCUAACCUUUGUUCGCGAGGAGGAGCAGCGGCGUGCACAGGAAGAGAGAAAGGGGAAGGGGUCGAUUCAGAUGGCUGACGCCGGUGCUGCUUCAGAAGAUGUCUUAUGCUGA